AUGGAAACCAUAGAUGCCGGCAACAGGCAAAGCAUUGGUCUGCCGUCAAUCAACCACAUGGACGCCGAUAGAGUCAAGCGCGAAGAGGUCGAGUAUCAAAGAAAACACUCUGCCGCCGCUACUGCUACCAUGCCCAGCCCGUUGCACCCCUACGCGGGGCCGCCGCAUUUGCACAGCAAUCACCAAUCGUCAGUCGCCAGCGCAGUACCCGGCUCGCUUGGAGGCCUACUGUCUCCUCCCGACUCACGCAGGACCUCUGGCGACGAGAAAGAGUCGCAACGACCGACGGCCCGGCAAUCCCUGCCAUCGAUACAUGAAGCCCUAGGUUCGGAACAGCCGCUGCCAUUCCCAGCUACAGUGCCUCCACCUUCAGCCAUCACUUCAGCUCCUAAGCAUUAUCAUCCCCAGUCUGCUGCUGCUUCUCCCGCCGAGCCACGGCCACGACACUUUCCAUCUGACCUCCAGCACGCCAGCCAAGGACCCUCCAACCCAUUCACAUACCCAAGAAGUCCAUUUGUCGGGGCCCCGGCAUCACCCACAGUCUCCCGACAACCGCCUCAGGUUCAGUCAGAAGCCCUGCCUCGUCCGCCCUUCUCAGAUCCACGGCCGCCGUAUUCUACCCCUCAACACAACUCAAAACUACCUGCCCUUCACCCACUGAAGACUGCACAAUCUCCGCCACCGAGCGCAACUCGCCCCAGCGUCCCAUAUCCAUCAUAUCCGCCACCACCAGCCACCUACGAGAGCCCUGCUCCUCCAUCAACGGGACCCAUGAACCAUCAUUACCCGUACACGCAGUAUCCCCCUGGCUAUCCUUCAUCGGCCCCCUCAGCAAGUGCUCCUAACUCUGCCUACCCACCGGCAAGCUCGACCUACUCUGCCCCACCCCGUUAUCCCCCACAAUCGUGGCAGGACAACUCCGAAAUGGCUCGCCUGGAAGAGAAGAAGAUCGGUCGAUCAAGUCUAGCUCCAUACGGCGAGUCAGUCAAGCGCCAUCUGGAGAGUUUCGAUCUUGAGGCUUCCCUUAACGAGAUGGCCGACGGGUCUGGACGCAUUGCAGAGUUUUCGAAGAUCUACAGACAGCGCGCCCAUGAGAACCAACGCAUUGGCAUGACACCACAGUCAAUGCCCCGGUUAGAAGAGGUCGACGAUAUGCUUAAGCAAAGCGAAAGGAUUCAGAUGUCCCUCCAGCGAAUGCGAGACGUCGUUUUCAAUCAUCAACAGGCGAGCAUCGUGGAGCCUCCUCAGGAUCCACGGUAUAGACCGAUGAAUGGCUACGAUGACAAUGCAAGCAACUACGGUGACGACAACAAAGGCAUGGGCGGCUUUGCUGGUGGCGACAACAAGACUCGGAAACGAGGCCGAGCUGCGCCGCCAGGUCGAUGCCAUAGCUGCAAUAGAGCCGAGACCCCUGAGUGGCGAAGAGGGCCAGAUGGUGCCAGGACCUUGUGCAAUGCUUGCGGUCUACACUAUGCAAAGCUUACCCGCAAAAUGGGUGGCAAGCAAGCCAUGACCAGCUCAAACUUACGACCCAAAUCCAUUGACCAUGGUUCACCCACGAUGUGA